AUGCUUAGUAAGAUACUCAACGCAGAGCUUACUUUUGAUAAUAUCCAGAAUACAGGCGAUCUUAAGAAGGCCGUCAACCUACGUCAAUUCAAAAAGCCCAGGGCCCGAAAGAUUCAGAGCUGCAAUAUACAGAUCAGCCAGGAUAGCUUCUGCUAUAAACACGGCAAGGGUAUUGACCCUGACGAUCGAGACGAUAAUAAACCUGGUGCUGGCAGCGAUAACAAUAGUGACGUUACCGACCCUACUCCUCGUAUUCGAACUGUAUCGCCUACACCUACAGCAACCCCCGGCCCUGAUAUUAAUAUAGGCAACGCAGACGAUACCUAG